AGAAGGCAGCAUGUGUGGCUGUGUGCUGUAGUAGUUUUCUCUGUGCCGGAGUCUGGGACAUGACUGAGGAUUCCCUUGUUUGCUCAUAGUAUGGACGCAUGCUCCUGACUGCUUGGCUGUUACUGAAACAAGGAUACAACUGUUACCAGAACGCAAGGACCAACCGCCAAGCAAGUACAGGGAAUCGUGCCAGUGUUGUUCCAGAAAGUCCCCUCUCUAUGGAGCUGAUGAGUGCAGUGAAGUGAAGUGUGGCUAUUAUCUUGUAGUAGAUCUGAUACCGUUGUUUGAGAAUGAGCACAUUGCAUAAGACCCAAAAUACUUCUCCGUGCUGAUGUGCUGACACGGAUGAUGCUGCAUUUUCAUCAAAGUUGAAUCAUGGGAAACGUGGAGAGCCAAAAUGGUGAGCUGUAUCGGGAUGCAUCGGGCCACAUAUCCCGAAAACACACGUCCCGAACCCUCCGUCUCGGCACAAAACAACCAGCAAUCACCCGGCGUUCCAGACUCUCCUCCUCUGUCAAACAAGAACAUAGAAACUCAGAGGCCUCAACGCGCUCCUCCAGCACGCCCAGUAUCCCACAGUCCUUAGCGGAGAAUGGAAUUGACCCCUUCGAUGCUCCAGAUGGAUUUGGAGAUUUUGGAAUCAACCCUCAUUGGACACAGAGGAUGGCAAUGACACUGAGACCGGAGUCGUUCCAACACGACGAGGAUAACUUAGCUACGCCCACCCCGGAAACUUCAGAGGCAGAUACAGUCGCCCCAGAUGGAGAGGAUUCAAUGGGGGAAGGGGAGGAUGUUGGAGAUGAAAGGUAUAUGCUAAGGAUGAGUGACGGGGUUCAAGAUGGCGGCAGUAAUUUUAAGAAGAAGCGCUCAAAGUCAGCAGAUAUGUGGAGGGAGGACAGUCUGGAGUUUUCACUGUCAGACUUGAGUCAUCUGACGAGCACUGAAGAGAUCAUUGAUGGUGCUGAGGAAGAGGAGUUCACACAUCCCAGAGGCAACACAGGGUCGGCAGAGAGAGCAUCAUCGCUGGACCAUCUGUGCAGCCAGCAGAGUGCAGGCCUCAGGGGGCAGAGAAAACGCUUCACCAAAAACCGCAGCGAACCCGACUGCGAUGGUGAUGAGGAGGAGGGGGAGGAGGGACUCAUGUCUCCCACAGACGAAGAGGGCGGCGGAUACGGGGCGUUCACUCUCCCCUGUCGGAGGUCCCACUGUCUCUCUGAAGGGCUCUCGGGGCUGGGGAUACCUGCACCACCCUGUCCCGCUUUUCAAGGACGGAGAGCACAGACUACACAGGACAUCUCUGGUGUUCUGGGUGAAGGCAGUGAAUAUGGUGACAGUGGAAUUGAUGGUGUUACCGCAGAGAUGGAUGGAGAGGCAGAGCUCCUGUCACGCCGCUGUAAGGCCAUGUCCACCUCCUUCUCCGUGUACUCUGCGGCCGACAGCAGCAUUUUCAAUGGGAGUGACAGCGGCAGCAGCAGCGCCGGAGGAGGAGACGGCAGAGGAGGUGAAGGAGGGAGAGGAGGGAUCUAUGAGAACUUCCGAAAAGAGUUAGACAAUCAAGCUUGGACACACUCUGCCAGAGACUGCACAGAGGAGGGCGGGUCAGCGGUGAGCGAUGAGCAAAGCAGUGGUACUCUUAGCAGCGCCUAUCCAUCAGAUCCUGUGGUGGGCUCGGCUCAAGGCACUGUCCGUAAGGCAGGAGCAUUAUCUGUCAAGAACUUUCUGGUUCAUAAGAAAAACAAAAAAGUGGAGACAGCCACAAGACGCAAAUGGAAACGCUACUGGGUCUCAUUAAGAGGUUGUACUCUGUACUUGUAUGAAACGGAUGGUCGAUCGGGGAUAGACCAUAACAGCACUCCUAAACAUGCGCUGUGGGUGGAGAACAGCAUUGUACAAGCUGUGCCUGAACAUCCGAAGAAAGACUUUGUCUUCUGCCUCAGUAACUCAAUUGGAGAUGCAUUCCUCUUCCAGACCUCGAGUCAGACAGAGCUGGAGAACUGGAUAACUGCAAUCCAUUCGGCCUGUGCCACAGCUCUGGCCCGUCAGCACCACAGAGAAGACACGGUGAGACUGCUCCGGACUGAGAUCCGAAAACUGGAGCAGAAGAUCGACAUGGAUGAGAAGAUGAAGAAGAUGGGAGACAUGCAGCUGUCUACAGUCACCGACACCAAGAAGAGGAAGACCAUACUAGAGCAGAUCUUCCUGUGGGAACAAAACCUGGAACGCUUUCACAUGGAUCUGUUCCGCUGCCGGUGCUACCUGGCCAGUCUGCAGGGGAGUGAGCCCCCCAAUCCCAAGCGCCUGCUGGGCUGUGCCUCACGGCCCUCCAAACUGGCUAUGGGACGAUUAGGGAUCUUCUCUGUUUCCUCUUUCCAUGCUCUGGUGUCAGCGCGGACAGAAUGCAGUAUCAGGAGGCGAAACCAAGCGGCCAUGCCACGCACCUCCAGCAAACGCAGGAGCCGCUUCUCGUCCCUGUGGGGCCUGGACACCACCUCCAAAAGGAAGAGCAAGACACACCCCUCCGUUAACCAGGUCUUUGUGGAUGGGACUGAGCCAGUGCGAAAACCUUUGGAACAAAUGUUUGAAGACUCUGCUAGCGAGAAAUCGAAGGAUAGAGAAGGCUCGGUGAAAAGUCUUCCACAGCAGAACAUGGACAGUGACAUCUGGGUGCCCGAUUAUGUGGCUCCGUCCUGGGUAUGUUUACCCAACGAUCAGCCCAUCCUGGCUAUCAUCCGACCUGGAGAGACAGCACUGGAGGUUCUCAGCUCUGUCUGCAAGACCCACAAGCUUGAAACAUCCAGCCAUUACCUUCGAUUAAAAGUUUGGGUUGAUCACCAAAUGCUCAUCUAUGUGCCAAAACUUGAAGAGGAAAUUUCAGAUGUGCUCUACAAAGAGAUUGAAAUCAGCCCAAAAGCUACAAAGGUGGUCUGCUUUGACAAAUAUGAGUCCUGCACUGCGGGAUAUGGUUUUUCUGUAGCAGUGAUUGAUGAGGAUGGAACCCAGCAGCUGCAUAUCACUGAAGUCAAACCUGAUGGACUGGCAGCAGCUAAAGGUAUUCGAGCGGGGGAUGAGAUCUUGUUCCUGAAUGGUAAAUCAGCGUGUGCUUUGGACAUGGAGGACAUGAGGGGUGCAUUUGUGAACCAAGCAGUGUCCCUGACUCUGAGUGUCCUGCCACAGCUCGACCCCCGCACCGUCUGCCCUGCCCCACCUCGCCGCACGUACGGGGAGCAGGACACAUCCACGGAUAUCUUCUCCCAGAGCCAAGAGGAUAUUCUGGAUGAAGUCUCAGGACUGACAGUGGAGAGCCCUAAUGAAACCUUGGACUCAUCUCUCCAACUCCAGAGCCCCUCAGAUCCAGAUGAUCCAGCCUGCAUAACAAUGGGACAGAGGAGCUCAGAGCAGGUGAUUGGUUUCUGCCGCAGUCUCAACGACAUAAACACUCCUGAAGCUUCUUCCUCGUCAUCCUCAUCCUCCUCGCUGUCCCCUAGUCCAGUCUCCGCUGCCCCACCUGCUGUUGGCACGGCAACCCAGAAACAGCUCACACACGCAGACAAACUCCGCAAGGUCAUCAAUGAACUGGUGGACACUGAGAAAACUUAUGUCAAAGAUCUCAGGUUCCUCAUAGAUUGUUACUUAAAGCCUUUGCAGAAAGACAGCAUCCUAACACAAGAUGAGUUGGAUGUCUUGUUUGGAAACCUUGGAGAGAUGGUGGAUUUCCAAGUGGAAUUUCUCCGUACUUUGGAGGACGGGAUCAGAUUGGUUCCAGAUUUGGACUGUCUGGAAAGAGUGGAGCACUUUAAGAAAGUUCUGUUUUCUCUGGGAGGAUCUUUCUUGUAUUAUGCUGAUCGCUUCAAAAUCUACAGCGCCUUCUGUGCCAGCCAUACCAAAGUCCCUAAAGUCCUGGCCAAAGCAAAAACUGAUCCCGAUUUCAAAGCCUUCCUGGCUGAGAGAAACCCCAGACAGCAGCAUUCGUCCACCCUGGAGUCAUACCUGAUCAAACCCAUUCAGAGGGUCCUUAAAUACCCCCUACUGCUGAGGGAGCUGUACUCUUUGACUGACCCAGACAGUGAGGAGCACUAUCAUCUGGAUGUUGCAAUGAAAGCCAUGAACAAAGUGGCAAGUCACAUCAACGAAAUGCAAAAGCUGCAUGAAGAAUAUGGAGCAGUGUUUGAUCAGCUCAUCAGUGAACAGACAGCCAAUAAAAAAGUGGUUCCUGACCUCUCAAUGGGAGAUCUGCUUCUCCACUCCACAGUGAGCUGGAUCAAUGCUCCAUCCACUUUGGUCAAGAGUAAAAAGGACCCAGAGUUGGCUGCUUUUGUAUUCAAAACAGCCGUUGUUUUUGUCUACAAGGAAUCAUCCAAGCACAGGAAGAAAAUUGGUACGUCUCACCGAGCCUCCGUCAACGAAGACAAGGUUCCUUUCCGAUUCCGUCACAUGAUCUCAACUGACACUUUGCAAGUUCGUGUACCUGCAAAUUCUGAGGGCACAGCCAUGUGUGAAAUUGUCCACACCAGGUCCGAAUCUGAGGGAAGACCAGAAACAACUUUUCAACUCUGCUGCCGUUCUCCGGAGAGUAAGAAGGACUUCCUGAAAGCCGUGCACUCCACAAUCAGAGAGAAACGCCGGCUACAGCUUCUCAAAACUGAGUCUCUGCCUCUGAACCAACAGUAUGUCCCGUUUGGAGGGAAACGCUUGUGUGUACUGAAAGCACGGCCAUCCAUGACCAAAGCAGCCUCUGCUCCAACUCGAACUCUCAGAAAACUGGUGAGAAACCGCUUCACUAUUGAUACGGACCUCAUCUUCCAUGGCAACAACAACAGUCAAGAUUCUGAUCCUUCAGACCCCUCCAACCCUACUUCUUGCUUGAUGCCUUCCCAGCAUGCACUUCUUCAGCCCCGCAAACCUCAGGGAGAGGACACAGACCGAUGGGUAGAGGAACAAUUUAACUUGGGGUCCUAUGAAGAGCAAGCGACUGUCACUCAAGUCAAAGAAACAGACAUUUUGAGUGAUGAUGACGAAUAUUGCAAGUCUGUGAGGCCAGCAUCUACAGAGCCUACUGAUUUGGAGGCAAAAAUGAAUGAACUUGACAUAGAAACAGAAAGAAACUGCAAUGAUGCUGGGCAAAUGAACUCGAUAAGCUCUUGCAGUGUUGCUUUGUCCCAUUCUCCCACCCUGUCAUUAAAGGUUGCACCCCGAAAGCAGUGUGCAGUGGAGGAGGCAACCAAUAUGGACCAUAAAAUAAUUUGGGUGAGGCGAGAUGAUCGCUGCAAUGGUGAUGUCUUCUGAAUAAUUAUUAUAAGUUGAACAUUGCUUAACCAACAGGUUGAACAAAAAACAAGCUUUAAAGUAAAACUAUUUAAAACUAGAGGAAGACCUGUGUACUGCAUUCCCAUUUACUUAUAUCCCUGGUCUGACAAUCCCACAUGUACAGGGAGUUAACCAAAUUGGUUCCAACAAAAUAGAAGCUUAACUUUUAUUUUGUUGGGACCAGUUUGAAGACACAAGUUGUUUUGUUACACUCUACUAUCUCACAUUAUCCUUGUAUGCGACUAUGUGAACAGCUGCACUGCAUGUUUACGCCAAUACAAAGUGCACAUACUGAAACAAAAGCACCUAAACGUAGGCAGCUAAUGCAUAAACACUGAUGAUUCUGGCCAAAAGAUGUAUAUUUUUCCACACAAAAUGAUGGUGUUUUAUUUUUCGGACUCAGAAACUGUUUGUAUUGGAGCACCCAAGGGCUGUGUUACUGACUUUCUCAUCAGGGGCGUCUGGCUCAGCACCACUCUGCAGCAGAUGGUGAAAUCCAACUAGCUUUAUCGUGAUUUAAUUGAGUUAACUUAAUAUCGGCUGCACAUUGCUUUGUAAAGGCAAGCGGACAAUGUUGUGCCAUUAACCUUGUCUACAAAAUGUGUUGCAGCUCACUUUGUCUCCUAGAAUACCUUUUUAACAAUAUAGUUUGGACAAUAUAUAGUCUACUUAUUUAAUAUACGCCUUUUUACUGUAUUUUUACACUAAUGAUGAGAUUCCCAGUGUUAUAAACUGUUUGUAAAUUGUAAAUGGUGCCAUAACUCUUAAAGCAACACUGUGUAACUUUUUUUUUUUUUUACCUGAAACUUGGUCUACAGUGUUGAUAACAUCCACUGGUCCCAUAACACAGUUACAAUCAAUGCAUCAAUAAGCUACAGUGGCUUUGGGGACAUAGGCUUUUGUAUUAUUUAUUCAUUUCCUCAUCGUCACUUAAUUAUAUACUGUAUACUGUACUAAUUAAUGGUGUGUUCCUUUUGUUGCCACAGCUGCCCUGGGACAAGCCAAAAAAAACAUCAUUGCUAGUUUAUGGCCUAUUCAAAUGCCAUCUAACAGGCAAUCAAGCUAAAUUUGAUUGGAGAGGUGUCUUGCCCAAGGGCACAAAGGUCAUUUGAGCUGGGGAUACUAUCAAACAACUCCAGUGUUACCACAGUAGCUUCUAAUGUAUUAUUAUGGCAAAUUUACUAUGUGCUUAUUUUCUGUCUCCAUUUCAUGAACUUCAAUAAUAACUUGACUCUGAACUUAUCAUGAGUUUCAGGUUGGAUAUUUAGUUGCAGAAAGUUACAUAGUGUUGUUUUAAGAUGGAUGAGCUUGUGUCAUAUGAAUGUCUAAUGUCCAUUUUGUGUUACGGAAAUCUUCUCAUUGCUCUGUUGUUGUGCUUACUUGUUGUCUUUAUUCUGAAUGCCGUUAUGAUUACCUAUCACUAUCCUGUUUUACUUGAAUUUUCUUUGUUUUUAAGAAACUAUUUGACCGGAGCCAUGCUAGUGACUGUACUGUAGAUGGAAAUUCAAUCAUGCAGUUUACCCAUAGCCCUUAAACCUUUUCCAUAGUAUCAGACAAUGUCACAACUUUUCAGGAAUGCCAGCGCAACACCUGUAACGUUAUUUCUCCUGCAUUUCCCCUUGUGACCACCAGGCUGCGCUGUUUCACUGUAUUGUCACCACAUGCUCACAGCCUUGCACCUUAAUGGAUGUAUUCAACAGCACUUAAUAUCCAACUUUAACAGGGGAUUCACGCAAGGAGAGAUCAACUUUUGGGGGGAUGCUGUUGUGAUGUUGAACUUAUAGAUUUUAGCUUCCUGUCUCAUGACCCAGACUGUGAGGUACAAUCUCCUUAGAGGCAAUAUCCUGUGAGAAAUUUGACCUUUUUGUACUUUGAGAAAACUGUUCGUACAACCGCUGUGGAGUGUCAUUUUUACGUCAAAAUAAAUUUUAUAAAGCGAU